AUGAAGGAGACAGGCGGUGACCACUCUGCGAGAGAGGGGCUGGGCAGUUUGACCUUACCAAGAUGGCCGGCCUGUGAGGCCCACGGCCUGGGCAGCUUGACCUCACCAAGAUGGCCGGCCUGUGAGGCCCACGGCCUGGGCAGUUUGACCUCACCAAGAUGGCCGGCCUUCACAUCCUAUUGGUUCGUUGGGCGAGGAGGGAGAUUUGAUUCUGGGGGCUCUGAAGAAAACGGAAAAAGGUUCGAGAACGUUCGAGCGGGAGGAGAGGCCGAGGCCCGGGGCCUUGUCCGAGCGGGAGGAGGGCCCGGGGCCUUGUCCGAGCGGGAGGAGAGGCCGAGGCCCGGGGCCUUGUCCGAGCGGGAGGAGAGGCCGAGGCCCGGGGCCUUGUCCGAGCGGGAGGAGAGGCCGAGGCCCGGGGCCUUGUCCGAGCGGGAGGAGGGCCCGGGGCCUUGUCCGAGCGGGAGGAGGGCCCGGGGCCUUGUCCGAGCGGGAGGAGAGGCCGAGGCCCGGGGCCUUGUCCGAGCGGGAGGAGGGCCCCGGGGCCUUGUCCGAGCGGGAGGAGAGGCCGAGGCCCGGGGCCUUGUCCGAGCGGGAGGAGGGCCCGGGGCCUUGUCCGAGCGGGAGGAGAGGCCGAGGCCCGGGGCCUUGUCCGAGCGGGAGGAGAGCCCGGGGCCUUGUCGCUCCCUGUUGAGAGUUGAGAUGGAAACGCUAGACGAAUUUGAUCAAGAAUAUCCUCUAAGCAAGAUGUUCUGUAGACGCUUAACAAAAGAAGAAUUUGAGUCUGAAGCCCUGACCUAUACAGAAAAAGCGCUGCAGGACUUAUUUCGCACUAUGGAUCAGAACCCAUCACAGUGUGAGAGAGUGGUGCGCAAACGGAAACAGGCUGAACUUGAAAAAGCUGGGUUGAAAUCCUUUAUUAAGGCUAAAUUUUUCACAGCUGUAGAUGGUCGGCUGAACCGCUGCAAUGCUGUUGGAUUGGAUGAAUUACAAGAAAGACUCCAAAACAUGAAGGACGAGAUGAGAAAAGUUCACGUGUAUGCUUGUGAGGCUAAAGGAAGUGCACAAAGGACCUCCAAGCGACUAGCUGAAAAGAGACAGAGAGGGCAGGGUGAGAUUUCUACCAGUGAAGAUUCUACACUACCUUCAGUUACUGCCAUUCCACCACCACCACCACCACCUCCACCUCUUCCAGGUCCCAGUAAUCCAGCACUUAAAACUCCUCUGAAAGACAAGUCGAAUCUUCACACAAGUGAAGCAAAGGUUUUGACAACUCCAGCUCUGUUGGAGAACUAUGGACUGGCCAGGCUCAACCGACGCUGUAAAAGUAUUGCAGAUCUGAGAGUUCCUGAGAAUGACAACAGCACUGAACCCGUCCAAAGUAUCCACUCUGAACUGCUGUCUGCAAACCAUUUCAAGAGACUUCGUUCAACAGGCGUCCAUCGAUCUCCAGGUGGAACACCAUCCAAAGUCCCUAAAAGCCAGCAAGCACAGGAAGGGGAAGUGUGUUCUCCUGCAUCUGCCUUUAAUACAACAUUGUUGAAUAAAUUUCGCAACACAAAGAGUCCGAUUGAGAGUGCUCCGCGAUCACCAUCCAGCAGUGACAGUGAGAGCUCUGGAUUCGCCACACCUCCAGGAAGCCCAUGAGAGAGAGAGAGAAACUCUUAACUCCCAAGAGUGACUGAAAUCUCUGGUUCAGACUCUUUCUUAAGAAAGGGUUUUAACUUACAAAUGUUUGACCUUGAUCAAAUAUUGACAUAAAGAAGAUGUGAUCUGAUCAGCAGAGUAAGAAGUGACCCUGUUUGGAAAACUCAAAAUUAACAAGGUUGUGGGACAAUCUCUUUACAUUAUUGCACUUUAUCUAAUUCAAUACUUGCAAUGUUUGAGAGUUCCACCUUCUUUGAGGUAACUGGGUACAAAUCAGUUAAACAUUAGGAACAUCUUAGAUGUGGCUUCCCACGAUUACCCAGAAAUGUACAGGUUGUAGAAAAUGUUUUUAUUUUUAACUGAGAAUAGUGUACUUCCAAACGUAUUUUGCAAAGUCAAUCACCAUGCUGCCGUGUUUUAAAUACCAUGGAACCUUGACAAAUCUGAAAAGCACUGGUUUCACAAUGUGAAGAGCUCCUAUUAGCCUUAACUUCUGCAACCGUUUUGCAUGAACUCAGAAGAAAGUGAUGCAAAUUGUGCCCUCAUACUGCUUAGUAACAUCAUUUAAUAUUUUCUUUCUGUUUACCUACAGAAAUGAUAAAAAUUUCUAUAACAUGUUGUAGGUAGAAGCUGUUAACCAUGCAUAAAUUCAGUAGGUCCAUUUCUUGUUUCUCUGACUUACUGUAAUUUUUGGAAUAAUGUUUCCAUGAUUUUGUAAACAAAACAAAUGAGGUUUUUGUGCAGUGAUAAUACCAAAAGUGCUAUUUUUCUGUUCACAGCUUUUCAAACUAAAGAGGGCUAAUCUGUAACUAUUUGCAUAUUUAUCCAAAGUUCUGAUUUGCUGGAUUGUAUUUGAUAGGUGCAACAUAAAUUAGGGUAUUAAUUUGUAACUGGGAAGCACCUAAUAUGUGAAAACAAAGGCAUUCUCCCAGGAUCUGUGCUGUCUGUAAUUGUUAAACAGCAACAAGGCUAUUGGAACAGGAUAAUUCAAGGCACUUAUUAAGUCCAUUUAUAGUCCAUGCCUUGGCAAGCAGACGAACCCAUUCCAUUUCUUGUUCCUGUCUCAAAGGUGCUUCUUAGAUGUUCUCUUGAAAAACUCUUGGGAAUAAGGCAAAAAUUUCUAAAGGAUUUAUACAUCUCAGCUGUUGCCUUUGAGAUGGGUUCUAUGAAAGGUCUUGCGCAGUUGCCUUUUGUAUUAAGCAAUAUAUUAAAUCAGGGAUAGAUGUAGAUGUUUUUAGAAGGAUUUACAAAUGGGUUGUGGAUUUUCUAAGCAAGCUUUAAUGACUUUUAUUUUGGGGGUUUAUGCCAAAGUGUUUAUUCUAAAUGAAUGGAUAAAAUCCUGCUUUAUAUUCUGCAGUCUUGCAUUUCUGCAUAUCUGCCUCAUUUAAUCAUCGAACAAAAAUUGUUAUUUUAACAUUAUAUAUUUGAAUUAGUUAGACUUCUGUGCAGCACUGUACAGUUUUUAAUGUACAUAUGAUAUGCACUCUGCACUAUCGCAGUAUUGAGAGUUCACUUGUUUUGGUCAUAGACCUAUGUACUAUAAAACUGUUUCACCACCUCCAUCAUAUUUCAAAGAUUGCUCAGUAUUUUUUUUAACAUAAUAGAAUCUCCAAGAGCAGGUGGUGACAAUGAUGGAGGGCAGCUGCAGCACUCCACCCUCUCCAGAAAAGGUGCCUUUGGGGGACGAAGAAGCAGAGACUGGAUUCCUCACCCCAUUGUAAAUUGCAGGCUUCAUUCCAUGUAAACAGUGUAAAUACUUUCUUGUUUCUCCUUGAUUUCACUUGUAAUGCCUGACGCCAGUCAAAUAAAGGAGCCCUACUUCA